ACAAGGCUUAUUUUCCUCUUUUCAGCUUUCUUUUUUCUUCAAUAAUUAUAAAAAAUAGCAGACACGGCAAAAUCGCCUUUAUAUUACAGCUACUCUCUGAGCAAAGUCGCAGAAAGAUACAGACCAAAUAAAGAUAGAGAGAGAGAAAACUAGAGCGACGAAGUUCGUAGAUUCAUAAUAUUUUUUUCUUUAAAUCUAUAUUAAAAAAAUGGGUUCGGAAGCCACCACCGCCGUGGACAACCUUCAGCAACCGUUACUGGAGUCAUCGAAAUCGGAAGCUGACUUCAGGAUGGAGAGUGUAUUAACGGACACACACUUGUCAUAUUUCCGGCGGAUCUACCUUGCGUCGUUGAUCGAGAUGAAGUACCUUUUCCACUUGGCAGCUCCGGCGAUCUUUGUCUACGUCAUCAACAACGGCAUGUCUAUGCUCACACGUAUCUUCGCCGGUCGUUUGGGAAGUAUGCAACUCGCUGCCGCUUCUCUAGGAAACAGCGGUUUCAAUAUGUUCACUCUCGGUCUCAUGCUUGGAAUGGGAAGUGCAGUGGAGACAUUAUGUGGGCAAGCGCAUGGAGCUCACAGAUACGACAUGCUUGGAGUCUACUUACAAAGAUCCACGAUUGUUCUUGUCAUCACCGGACUUCCAAUGACUUUACUCUUCAUCUUCUCAAAACCUCUCCUCAUUUCCUUGGGCGAGCCAGCUGACGUAGCAUCAGUGGCCUCCGUCUUUGUCUACGGAAUGAUCCCAAUGAUCUUCGCUUACGCCGUCAAUUUCCCGAUCCAAAAGUUCCUCCAGUCGCAAAGCAUCGUCACGCCAAGCGCUUAUAUCUCAGCCGCAACACUAGUCCUCCAUUUAAUCCUCUCUUGGCUCUCUGUCUUCAAGUUUGGUUGGGGCUUACUUGGUCUCUCCGUUGUUCAUAGUCUCUCGUGGUGGAUCAUUGUCCUCGCUCAGAUUAUUUACAUUAAGAUAAGUCCAAGAUGUCGCCGGACUUGGGAUGGUUUUAGCUGGAAAGCUUUUGAUGGUCUUUGGGACUUUUUCCAGUUAUCGGCAGCUUCCGCCGUCAUGCUCUGUCUUGAAUCUUGGUAUUCUCAGAUUCUUGUUCUCCUCGCCGGACUUCUUAAAGACCCUGAACUUGCUUUGGAUUCUCUAGCAAUCUGCAUGUCAAUAUCUGCAAUGUCGUUCAUGGUGUCAGUUGGAUUCAACGCAGCUGCCAGUGUGAGAGUUAGUAACGAAUUAGGCGCUGGAAAUCCACGAUCAGCAGCAUUUUCAACCGCGGUAACUACAGGAGUGUCAUUUUUACUGUCAUUGUUUGAAGCCAUCGUGAUCCUUUCGUGGCGUCACGUCAUCAGUUACAUUUUUACGGACAGUCCAGCGGUUGCGGAAGCCGUCGCCGAGCUCUCUCCUUUCUUAGCCAUUACCAUAGUUCUCAAUGGAGUUCAACCUGUUUUAUCUGGUGUGGCCGUUGGAUGUGGAUGGCAAGCAUAUGUAGCGUACGUUAACAUUGGAUGUUAUUACAUUGUGGGGAUUCCGAUUGGUUAUGUUCUUGGUUUCACCUAUGAUAUGAGAGCUAGGGGAAUAUGGACAGGGAUGAUUGGUGGUACACUCAUGCAGACUAUUAUCUUAGUUUUUGUCACUUUCCGAACUGAUUGGGAUAAAGAGGUGGAGAAGGCUUCGAGACGAUUGGACCAGUGGGAAGACACAUCUCCGCUUCUUAAGCAAUAAAAUAAAAUUUUGAUUUUAUAAAAAGAAAUUUAUCUUGGGGAGAUUCGGAGGUCAACUAUGUAUAUGUUUUGGUUUUCCCCAAAAUGAUUUUUAAAAAAGGACUAAACCCUAGUUAGUUAGUUAAUCAAGAGAUAUGCGAAUCUCUUGAUUAAUGAAUAAUUGGAAAAUCGAUAGUUUUCUGAGGGGGUUAGAUUGAAGAGAAGGAAAUUGAUGUAAAUUUUUUUUUCGUAAGAGGAAGUAGUAUUGAGAAGUGAGAAUGAUAUAUUGAAAAAAUGAUGUAUUGUGUGGAAGAAUGAAUUGUUGUAAUCGUUUCUUUGUAUAUGAAGUAAUCAGAUAAUGAAAAAUGGGUGUUA